AUGCUGCAGGCCGAGGUGGACGCCGCGGGGGCCGAGGCGCCGCCAGGGUUGUUCUGCGAUCGCGCCGCGGACGUGCUCGCGGCGAGCGCACUGGACAGGCUGCGGCCCUUCACCGUCCCCGCGGAGUACACCGACAUCCCGCCCCUGAGGGGCGCCGAGGACUCCGGAGGGACGCCCUGA